UACAAGUUUGACAAUACAAGUUUGACCCGUUUCUCUCGAAUGUGACAAUACAAGUUUGACCCGUUUCUCUCUCGAAUCAUUGGAUUCUUCAAAACCCAACAUCAAAGAUUUAACUUCUUGAAUGUUGUAGACUUUCAGUCUUGUAUAAGCAAGGAAGACACCUAGAAAAGAGAGAGUUAAAAGAAAUGGCUAAGUUCUUCAUAAAUCAAGCCAAGCAAUACGCUGCAGCCCGACCUAAUUACCCGAUCCAACUCUUCGAGUUCAUCGCAUCAAAAACACCGUGCCACGACCUUGCAUGGGACGUUGGUACAGGAAGCGGCCAGGCCUCACGAUCGCUAGCCGGAAUCUACAAGAAUGUGAUUGCUACAGACACAAGCUCCAAGCAACUUGAGUUUGCUGCAAAGCUUCCCAACGUACGUUACGAGCUCACACCACCAGUGAUGUCUUUGUCGGAGAUCGAACAGCUAGUAGCGCCUGAAUCAUCGGUGGACUUAGUCACCGUCGCUCAAGCCCUUCACUGGUUCGACCUACCAACCUUUUACAGCAACGUGAAACACGUGCUCAAGAAACCAGACGGAGUAUUCGCCGCCUGGUGCUACACCAACCCUGAGGUCAACGCCGCCGUGGAUGAGGUUUUCCGGCGGUUUUACAAGGAAAAACUUGGCCCGUACUGGGAUAAAGCUAGGCGGCUUGUGGAGGAUGGGUACAAGGGAAUAGAGUUUCCGUUUGAGAAGAUCAUGGAUGAGUCAACGGAAAGUCAAACUUUCCCGGUUAGGUUUGUGACGGAGCGAGAAAUGGGGAUUGAGGAGUUUCUGACGUAUCUGAGGUCAUCUUCGGCGUAUCAGACGGCUAAAGAUAAAGGGGUUGAGCUUUUGACGGCUGAGAUGGAAGGAGAGUUUGUUGGUUCGUGGAGAGAAGAUGGGGAAGAGAAGAAAGUUGUUAGGUUUCCUAUCUACUUGUUGAUUGGUAGGGUGGGAGGAGAUCGUGUCUGAAUAUUUUGUCUUCUUGAUUUGAAUUGUCAAAAGAGUCCUAAAUAAUUGAAAAACUUGUGUGGUUACAUCCAAAA